UCCGGCUGGAGCUGGAAAGGGAGCGCUUCCCGGGACUCGGCUCGGUUCUGAGGCUCCGAAGCCGACGCCGCCGGCUCAGGCCCGGGGGUGGGAGCUGGACUGCCGGUGCAGCCUGAGCCUGGGAGCCGCCAAGCAGGGAACGCCUCAUGGGACGACCCCAGGGGCUCUCUUCGUGCCCUGCUGCGGCGUCCCAGUCUUAGGCUCCCGGGUUCCCCAGCCCGCCCCGCCCGCAGCCCGCGGCCUGUCUGGAGAAGAGUAUGAGGCCCGGGGCCCCGCGGACGCCGGCCACAGGGCGGCAGGGGCCUAGCUUCAGACCCCCGCGCCCGAGGGUGGCUGGUGAGGAGCCGCGGGAGCCGGCGAGGCGUCGGGGCGCGGAGAGGAGCGUCCCAGCCCGGGAACCCCAAGGGCCGCGGGACCCGUGUGCGGCCUGAGUGCCAAGGAGGAGGCGGAGGCGAGGCGCCCCGCCGUCCGGGCUCUGGGAGAAGCGGCAAGGGGCUCCGCGGCGGCCCCCGACCCCUGGCCACCAUCCUCACGCUUCUGCUCCCGCGGGGGGGAUGUCGCGGCCCGGGCCCCGAGCGCCGCCCCGGCCCUGGGGCUGAGCUCCGGACCAUGUCCUCCCGCAGCCCCCGGCCCCCGCCCCGCCGCUGCCGCCGCCGCCUGCCGCGCCCCUCCUGCUGCUGCUGCUGCUGCCGACGCUCGCACCUCAACGAGGACACGGGUCGCUUCGUGCUGCUGGCGGCGCUCAUCGGCCUCUACCUGGUGGCGGGCGCCACAGUCUUCUCGGCGCUCGAGAGCCCGGGCGAGGCGGAGGCGCGGGCGCGCUGGGGCGCCACGCUGCGCAACUUCAGCGCGGCGCACGGCGUGGCGGAGCCAGAGCUGCGCGCCUUCCUCCGGCACUACGAGGCCGCGCUGGCUGCCGGCGUCCGAGCAGACGCGCUGCGCCCGCGCUGGGACUUCCCUGGCGCCUUCUACUUCGUGGGCACAGUGGUAUCCACCAUAGGUUUUGGCAUGACCACCCCCGCGACGGUAGGCGGGAAGGCCUUCCUCAUCGCCUACGGGCUGUUCGGCUGCGCCGGAACCAUCCUGUUCUUCAACCUCUUCCUGGAGCGCAUCAUCUCUCUGCUGGCCUUCAUCAUGCGCGCCUGCAGGGAGCGCCAGUUGCGCCGCAGCGGCCUGCUGCCCGCCACCUUCCGCCGCGGCUCGGCGCUCUCGGAGGCCGACUGCCUGGCGGGCUGGAAGCCCUCGGUGUACCACGUGCUGCUGAUCCUGGGCCUGUUCGCCGUGCUGCUGUCGUGCUGCGCCUCGGCCAUGUACACCAGCGUGGAGGGCUGGGACUACGUGGACUCGCUCUACUUCUGCUUCGUCACCUUCAGCACCAUCGGCUUCGGGGACCUGGUGAGCAGCCAGCACGCCGCCUACCGGAACCAGGGGCUCUACCGCCUGGGCAACUUCCUCUUCAUCCUGCUCGGCGUGUGCUGCAUCUACUCGCUCUUCAACGUCAUCUCCAUCCUCAUCAAGCAGGUGCUCAACUGGAUGCUGCGCAAGCUGAGCUGCCGCUGCUGCGCGCGCUGCUGCCCGGCGCCCGGCGCACCCCUGGCCCGGCGCAACGCCAUCACCCCGGGCUCCCGGCUGCGCCGCCGCCUGGCCGCGCUCGGCGCCGACCCCGCGGCCCGCGACAGCGACGCCGAGGGCCGCCGCCUGUCGGGCGAGCUCAUCUCCAUGCGCGACCUCACCGCCUCCAACAAGGUGUCGCUGGCGCUGCUGCAGAAGCAGCUGUCCGAGACGGCCAACGGCUACCCGCGCAGCGUGUGCGUCAACACGCGCCAGAACGGCUUCUCGGGCGGCGUAGGCGCGCUGGGCAUCAUGAACAACCGGCUGGCCGAGACCAGCGCCUCCAGGUAGACCGCCCGGCCGCGCCACGGACCCUCGGCGGGCUGGCGUGCCGCCGGCCGUGGUUUGCUUUCCUUCUCUCAGACGCUGGCGCUUUCUUAAUCUUUAUCCAAUAAAAUCAAACCAAAAAAAAAAUUUUUUUUUUU